AUGGCUGAUCGUGCUUACAGAAUGAGAGGUACUCAGGUAACUUUUAACAUACCCUCUGUCCAAAUAUGUAACAUGACAAUACAGACUAAUCCUCUGGAUGCACUCGUUGCUUUCAUCUUCUUUGUACUUCUGGGUUUCCUCCAAGUCAGAUAUCCCGAGAAUCCCACCCCAUUUCACCUUCAUCCAAAGACCAUUUGGGUUGCCGUUGCUACUUUUCUUGCUUAUUGUUUGGGCUCCUUGGGAAGGUUCAUGUAUGCCAUACGGGAUCAUCGCUUUGACACCCUCAUCAACUUGUUCGGUUCACUCUCAUUGCUUUGCUUGGUAGUGCUGAUGCUACCCGAAUCUUGGGAAUCAUUCCAUUUCGUUAUCUACACCUUAUGUUUCAUCAUUUAUGUGCUCUUCGCGUUCAUCACAACCCGUUUCAGAGAGAUAUGGGUGCAACCUCGAUCAAUGAGAAGGGUGAUGCGUCCAGUGUUACCCAUCACCUCGGGUGAUGCGUCCAGUCUAAUCACUUUUGUUAUUGGAGUUGAAGUCACCAACAACUCUUAG